AUUCUCUGGGAGACGACAUCGUCCUGCGAGUUUUCGUUCCCCUGGCGGUUUUUCUGCUCGUCGUGGCAAUGGCUCUCUGUCUUGCCCGGAGAUACAUACGCUACAAAUAUUCUCCCGUACCCCAGACCCCUGCAGUAAUGUACAACUCGGAGAAAGGUGUCCAAAUCAUCCAACCCGAGAGCCGCCCAAUCUCUCCUGCUAUUUACGACCCACCAUCUUAUGAUGUCGUCGUUGAUCCACCCCCUGCCUACAGUUCUCUCAUCUCAUUGGCUGAAUCGGGGGAAAUCGUCAUGGAAUCAGGAGAGGAAAGCGGCGACAGCACGGGACGCAUGCGUAGAAAAGAGGCGCAAAGGAAGAGGGAGAGCUAUUCUGGCAGGGCUUAUGCAGAAGCGGGAAGCCCCAAACCCUUGUCACAAUUAGAACGUUAUAGGCAGAAAAAGUACUGUCCGUCAGAUUCAGAAAGUGAAGACGAGGAGGCCAGGCAGCGCCGUCGUAAAAAGGGUGGGAAAUCCAAGUCAAGGGUCACUAAGCAAGGUUCCUCUUCUCAAAGCAGCGAGCAGACGUCACCGUCAAUAGAACUGCAGCCUCUUUCUAGGGAUCGGCACACGCCAUGUUCAUCCUCUUCUAUACAUGGGAUGUCACCUCUUGCUGCUCCCUCCCACCACCGUGUACAUAACGGGGAAGGGGGGUGCAGUGAUGCAGGAAGGACAGCAGUUGUAGAUAAGGACUCUUCCUUAACGGAUAGAACGCGGAACAACGCAGCUGUUCUGUCUACUACUGCCAGCUCGACGUCUAGAGGAGCAAACAGUGACGACAAACACAGCCCAGAACACACACAGGAAUUUAUCCCCAUUCAUAAAGAAGCGUCGAAUCAACAUCGUCAACAUGCCCAUGUUCCAAAUAGUUACCGGUCUUGUGGGGACAGACAUGUGGACGUCAACGCCACGACCAGCACUGACAACAGUACUAAUUUCAUGAACGACUCUGAAGAAUCUAAAAAAGAACCAAAAGGUAGAGCAGUGAAGAACGGCCACGUGAACCGUGGUGGCGCGGUGCAGUGUCACACUGCAGAAAUCAAUAUCUCCAACCCCACUGCUCAUUUACCAGUAGAACAUACCGUUAAUGGGGAUUCCAACUCACUCAAAGAGAAGGAGGACAAGGAAACAUGCAGAUUGGGUGGAUCGAGCAGCGGUGAUCAUCUUGUCGAGGCCAAGAUUAAAGAAGAAUCUAGAGUGACAGGGAAUGGUGUGAGCCACACAUCUGUCGAAGCCGUUUGAUCCUCCCUUAAAGCUGUUUACCUCUUACUGCUUGGAGAGAAAUGUCCAUGUGGAAUUAUCAGCAAAACGAGGCGAGGAAGACCAAGAGAAAGUUUAUGAAAAUGGUCAAGUUGAGGGGUGGUAUGCAGGUGAUUGAUGUAAUGGGAAUGGAGUCAGGGAGUUUGACAGUGUUCUGUGAUGUGUCUGAUAAUUGGAACCACAGAACUUUAAACAAUUAUGGAGACUCAGAUUAGACAUAAUAAUUCUAUUUGCUUUGCUGGAAACUUUGCAAUGGGUUUAUGUACGUGUAUGGUGUGCAGUUUGCUUGACUUGUGAGGUUUCACAUGUCUGGGCGUGACUUGCUUUGUUAGAGGGGGGUUUUUUGUUAAUACUGGAAGAUUGAUGUUUAGACACACAUUGCAUGUUACCCUUGACUUCUUCCAGUACUAACAAAAAUAAAUCCAAACCACAAAAACUGUUAAUGCCAUAUGUUAUUAACAGGCCUAUUACGUUUACCAUUUGAGACUGGGGAUGUUUUUGCAGCAUUUAACUGUUAUCUGAAGAAUACAAGUUGUGGUAUAUUCUACGGACUUGAACAUGUUUAUUGGGAGACGCUUAUAGUAAAAAAUAUCCGCUAUCCAUAACCUGGAGGUCGAGGGAGAUAAGAUUUGCGAUGAAAUACCGUUCGGUGAAACUUUAAUUUUUGAAGAACUUAGUUACUCAUAAGUAUUUUAUGAAAGCUGGAAAGGGUCCCUUCAAAGUGGAGGGAGAUAAGAUUCGCGAUGAAAUACCGUUAGGUGAAACAUUAAUUUUUGAAGAACUUAGUUACUCAUGAGUAUUUUAUGAAAGCUGGAAAGGGUCCCUUCAAAGUCCCACUGCAUUGGCGCUUUCUACAUUGGGAGAAUGCAUUAUGCAUUGAGUUGUGGAUGAAUAUAAUAUACAAUCAAACACAUGAUUUGGUUUACGGGUCUUGUCUCUGACGUCCUAUGUGUAAGUAACGAUACUCCGCAGACAGAGUUGCCUUUCAGCACUGAUGAUGUCUGGCAUGCUCGUCUCAUGCUGAGUUCGAUAAUUACAAGGAACCAUAUUCACUCAGUGAUAUCUCACAUUAUAAGCAUGCCACUUCCAAUCAAGCAAAGAGCAGUGCUGUAGAAUGUGAAGAUACAUUUACUCGGCGUUGGUUGGAAGAAGAUAAAAGGGGAGACAAAAUGCAAGUUCCAUGAGGAGGAUAAAACCAUUUUGAGUUGUUUACCUUGGACUUUCGCUUCCCUUGCAGUUUAUUACCUGGUGAGCAAGGAGGAGACGUGAACACUAUACAGUUAUUUGGUCGUGUGCUGAUCUAUCGUUCUGUUAACAAUGCAGUUAUUAUCAUACAGUCAUCACCCAUCGUUUUAGCUUCAAAACGGCAUAGUUUACACAGACAGGCCUAAAGAUCAGCCGUGCUGAUUUUCGUUUCAAAUGUAUCAGCUGACCAGUUCAGCUUCCAAACUUGACUUUAUCAUGCAGGCUCGACGAGUUGAAUUUGAAAGUGAAAAAGGGUACAUGAUGUUAGAAAGAAUUGGUACUGCGUAAAUUCCCAUUCACUGGCAAGCUCUAUCCGCCUUAUAAUCUGUAAUAUUAUUACCACAGCUCAUCUGAAAGCAUUCUGAAACAUUCUCAACUUCCUGGGAAGUAUCUAUUGUAUGUCGCUAUAACACUAAAUUACUGAAAAGAUCUUUCGCUGUCUAUGGCCAGGUACCCAUUUCCACCUCGGUGAGGUAAGGAAAAUCCGUGUAAAGUGCCUUUCCCAGGACACAACGUCGGGCCUGGGGCUCGAACCCCCAAACCUGCAAUCUCACGAUUGCGAAUCCGGUACCUAACCAAUAGACUUACUAUGCCACAUGUCACUUUAAAGGCGCCGAUUAAAUGUCAUUAGAAUCAUACAUAUUGUAUAACAUCUCUCAAGCAACAAUCAUAACAUUACAUAGCAUAUGUUCAGUUACUGUCACAUCUCAGCUCCUUUGUACAGUUUUUAAAAAUAUGUUUCCAUCUACUCCAGAGUUACCUUUUGUUCCAGAAAAGCAGUAAUUGUUUCUAUGCUUGAGUGUGUGGUUUUAACUCAAUGCCUUUGUUUGCAAAAAAGUACACUAGUGCUUAACAUUAUGAACAAUGGUUACUUUAUACUUUUGUACAUGUAUUCAUUAGCUUGAGUAAUGCUAGCCAGCUAGGCAAGCUAGCGAAGAGUUUUCUUCUUCAAGAAAAUAAUAUCAAUGUCUUCCUUUUUUGUCCGUGCAAGCUUACAGCUUUAUCUUACCGACUCAACAGUAUACGUCUAUUUCUGUGUUUUUUGCCUGUUUGCUUUGUCAGCACUGCGUUAAAGAGAGGAUGAAUUAAUAUGUGUGUUUUUUGUGUAUGACAGAGUAGUAAGAACAGAAUGCGAGAGACAGAGCAAGAAAGAAAGUCACUGAGAGAUACCAAGGGGAAGAAAGAGAAACAAAGAGACAGACAGAAAAACAAUGAGAGAGAGAGAGAGAGAGAGAGAGAGAGA